GGGUGCGGGCGCGAGCGAGGAGAAGAUGGCGGCGCUAGGGGAGCCUGUGCGGCUGGAAAGAGACAUCUGCAGAGCUAUUGAGUUGCUGGAAAAAUUACAGAGGAGUGGAGAAGUACCACCACAAAAACUACAGGCUUUGCAAAGGGUUCUUCAAAGUGAGUUCUGUAAUGCUGUGAGAGAGGUAUAUGAGCACGUAUAUGAAACUGUGGACAUCAGCAGUAGCCCAGAAGUGAGAGCUAAUGCUACAGCAAAGGCAACAGUUGCUGCAUUUGCUGCCAGUGAAGGUCAUUCACAUCCCAGAGUUGUUGAACUGCCAAAAACAGAAGAAGGUCUUGGAUUCAACAUUAUGGGAGGCAAAGAGCAAAACUCUCCAAUCUAUAUCUCUCGAAUUAUCCCAGGCGGUAUAGCUGAUAGACAUGGGGGACUGAAACGUGGAGACCAGCUUCUUUCUGUAAACGGAGUGAGCGUUGAAGGAGAACACCAUGAAAAGGCAGUAGAACUGCUGAAAGCAGCUCAAGGAAAGGUUAAGUUAGUUGUACGUUACACACCAAAGGUCCUGGAAGAGAUGGAGUCACGAUUUGAAAAAAUGAGAUCGGCAAAACGCAGGCAACAGAACUAAUACUAUACACUAUAAUUUAUGGAGAAAAUUAUAUUCAGUUUUACAAUUAACAGUUUGAUUUGUGACCUAACAACAUGAACUGCCCUAAACUAUAAAAGAUGCUAUCCUUUGGAGAAAAAAAAAAAAUCUGUUGGCAAUUUUAUAAAUGCCUUCCCUAUUAACAUCGCUUAGUUCUAAAACACCCAAAUACUUCUUGAAAAAAUAAUUUACAUGAGCAUUUCUAUCCAGUUGUUCUUACAGAUCUUUUGCAAAUAAAAUCUUUAACUGUCAAGACAAAUUUAUAGACUUUUUUAAAAUGCAUUUUUAAUAAGAUGUACUUUACAUUUGUAACAUUCUUUUUUCUAAAGAUUUUCAUUUGGCAUUAUUUUAAAAUUGAUGAAAGUCAUCUUCAAAACAUUUUUGUGCUUAAUGAUUAAAAUAUCAAAGACUUUU